CACAUCAAGGCAAGAUGCCUGAUCUCUGGCAGGAAGCAAUGGACCAUGCUGUGGCUAUUGCCAGGAAGGCAGGAGAGAUUGUCAGGGAUGCUGUACAGAAUGACAUGAAGAUCAUGUGCAAAAGCUCUUCUGUGGAUCUGGUCACCAAGACAGACCAGAAAGUAGAGCAGCUCAUUAUUGAUUCUGUCAAGGAGAAGUUUCCCACACACAGUUUCAUUGGUGAAGAGUCAGUGGCUGCAGGUCAGCCAUGUGUCCUCACCGAUAACCCGACAUGGAUUAUUGAUCCCGUGGAUGGCACCACGAACUUUGUCCAUGGAUAUCCAUUUGUUGCUAUAUCUAUAGGCUUUGCGGUCAACAAAGAGCUAGAGUUUGGAGUGGUGUACAGCUGCAUAGAGGACAAGAUGUACACGGCACGGAAAGGGAAAGGUGCUUUCUGUAACGGAGAGCCGCUGCAGGUCUCAGACCAGAAAGAAAUCAACCAGUCUAUCAUUGCCACAGAGUUUGGCUCUAACAGAGACCCAGAAGUGGUCAACAAGAUAUUCUCCAGCAUGAGGAAAAUUUUGUGCCUCCCAGUGCAUGGCAUGCGUGGAGUGGGCACAGCUGCAACUAACAUGUGCAUGGUGGCCUCGGGCUGUGUGGAAGCCUACUAUGAGAUAGGCAUCCACUGCUGGGACGUCGCUGCUGGUGCCGUCAUUGUCUCUGAGGCAGGAGGAGUUCUGAUGGAUGUCGAGGGUGGACCUUUGGACCUCAUGUCUAGAAGAGUCGUGGCAGCUAACAAUAAGACAAUUGCAGAGAGAAUCAUAAAAGAGAUUGAAUCAUUCCCAGCUGUCAGAGAUGAUGCUCCCGUCGAGACCAAAAAGUGAAUUCACUGCUCAGUUUACUUU